ACUCGUGAGCUCGCCCUUACUGCACUUUUUUUAGCCUUUUCACACCGAAUUUGACGCCCCUGUUGAAAACUCCUAAAAAAAAGGGGGUACUUAAUUGUUCUUUAUCGACGAAGAAUUCAAGAUGACUUUACCUAAAACGUAUAUUAAAGGCUUUCACAAUGAUGAUGCAAUUAAGAAUAUGACUUAUAAAAAGUUAGGAGAGACUGAUAUGUGUGUAUCUAAACUAAGUUUGGGAGGAACAGUGUUUGGUGGAGUUUAUGGGGAAUUUGAUGACAAAGAAGCAAGAGAAACAAUAGAAGAGUCUAUUAAGAAUGGUAUAAAUUAUAUUGAUACAGCUCCGUAUUAUGGUGAAGGGCGGUCAGAAGCCUUUUUAGGAAAAGUGUUAAAAGAUAUUCCAAGAGAAGCAUACUAUAUAUCGACAAAAGUAGGACGUUAUACUUCAAAGUAUGAAACGAUGUUUGAUUAUUCCAAAGAGACGAUAAUUUCCCGAUUUGAAGACAGCCUUGAACGCUUGUGCUUGAAGUACGUCGACUUUGCUAUUGUACAUGAUGUCGAGUUUGGGGAUAUGCAUCAACUGCUUAAUGAAUCAAUUCCUGCAGUGCAAGCGCUUGUUGCAAAAGGAAAAGUCAGAUAUACAGCGAUUUCCGCUUAUCCGGUUUCCACUCUUUGGGAUGUAGUUCAAAAAAGUAAAAUCAAGAUUGACAUAGUUCUUUCUUACAGCAGAGAGACUCUGUUUGAUUCAACUCUGUCAAAAUAUGCCGACAAGUUUAAAAGCAAAGGCGUAGGAAUUGUGAAUGCAUCUCCGACAGGUUUAAGACUGCUUAGCAACUGUGGGCCUGAGGCUUGGCAUCCUGCAAGCAAAGAGAUCAAAAAUCUCUGCGCACAAGCUGCAGCUUACUGCAAAGAAAAUGGGGUUGAGCUUGGAACACUUGCGGUCUACCACGCACUGAAAAAUGACAAUUAUGAUACAUGUCUUGUUGGAUUCAACACCAGGGCAAUCAUGAACUUCAAUCUAAACUUACUUGUCAAAGGACUAUCACCAGAGGAACAGAAAGUUUUGGAUCAUUUGAAAGAUAAGUUUUUCAAAAAUAAAAGCAUGCACUGGGAAGGAAUGGAACUUUUGAUGAUUAAAAACUAUUUAAAUUCAUUUAAAACGUCACCUUAGUUGAUUAUUUUCCAUAUUUUGGAAGUAACAAUAAGCCAAGAUACUGAAAUAUGUUUGUAAAUGAUUUUAUUAUUAUAUUAAAGCUACAUUAUUGUAA